CGCAGCGCGGGCGGUUCGAAGGCGCGCGGCUGAAGGCGGGAAGCGAAGAUGGCGGAGGAGGCGCUCAGGAGCUGCGCAGAGCCCGGAACGCCCCGGAAACGGAGCCGGGAGCCGCAGGGCUCCUGCUCGGAAUUCCGGACCCCGCCCAGCAAACGCCCCCGAGCCGCUCCCGGCUCCACCUCCGGGAAUUCCCGGGAUUCCCCCGGCUCCCAGGAUGGGGCUUUUCCCGGGAAAUCGGCGCCCGCCCGCAGGCUGGACCUGCCCGAGGGGAAUCCGGGAAUUCCCGGGAAUUCCUGGAAUUCCCAGCUCUCCGUGGGGGCCUUCUACGGGAAGAGCUCGUACCUGGAUCCGCUGGAGAGGCGGCGCCUGCGGGAGCUGCUGGGAUACGGCAGCGAGCCCGGGAAUGCCGGGAAUUCCGGCGGGAAUCGCAGCAGGAAUUCCGGGAAUGCCGGCAGGAACCGCGGCUCCAAGGGCAAAGCCAAUGCCAAGGGCAGGCGGGAGAUUCCCAAGGGGAAGAGCGGCGGGAAUUCCCGGAAUCCCAGCAUCGGGAAUUCCCGGAAUCCCAGCAUUGGGAAACCCCGGAGUCAGGACGGCGGGAAUUCCCGGAAUCCCAGCGUCGGGAAUUCCCAGAAUUCCGGGGCCCGGCGCGUGCUGAGCGCGGGCGUGCGGCCGGCGCUGCGCCUCCCCCGCGGCUCCGCCUUCUUCCAGAGCCGGAAGAGAUCCCACAAAAAAUCCGGGAAAAACCCCGGAGAGGCCGGGGCGGAGACCCCCGGGAAUCCCUCGGGAAUUCGGAAUCCCUCGGGAAUUCCCUCGGGAAUUGUGGGAAAGGAGCGGCGCCAGGAGGGCUCGGGAAGGGGCCCGGAGGAGCAGAAGGAGAACCAGGAACGGCCGGAAAAUCCCGGGAAAAGCAGCGGGAGCGCCCAGGAAUCCCCCGAAAUUCCGGAGCCCCGGGAUCCCCCUGGCCACAAGGAGGGCUCGGGCUCUGCGCACCCGCCCGGGCUCUUCCCGAUUUUCCUUCCCGCCAGGAGGAGGCCCCUGGAGGAGCUCCCGGCUCCCUUCGGCCCCUCUGGAAAAGCUCCCCGGAAUUCCAAGGAAUCCUCGCGGCAUUCCCAGGAUCAGAUGAUCAUUGACGCGGGGCAGCAGGAGCUGGGUCCCCGGCAGUGCAAUUCCUGCGGGAUGCUCUUCUCUCCCGCCAUUCCCGAGGAUCGGCUCCAGCACCUGCGGCACCACCGGAGGCUGCGCGAGGGCCUGCGGUACCCGGGCUGGAAGCAGGAGCGCGUGGUGGGCGAGUUCUGGGACGGGAAAAUCGUCCUGAUCCUGCCCGGGGACCCCAAAUACGCCGUCAGCAAGGCUCUCUCGGUGCUGGCCCUGGUGGAUUCCGAGCUCGGCUCCCCGGGCUGGGCGCAGCUCCCGCCCAGCGCCCGCGUCUACCUGUUCAUAGGGACUGGGAACUGGGUGCUGGGCUGCCUCACCGCACAGCCCCUCACACAGGCGUUCCGGGUGCUGCCGGAGCCAGACCCGGCGCCUCUCCCGGCCCCGCGGCAUUCCCGGGACGAUUCCCGUUCCGGCGAUUCCCAUUCCCGGGAUGAUUCCCGUUCCGGUGGUGAUUCCCGGUGUGAUUCCCGGCGGGAUUCCCGGCGGGAUUCCCCGUCCCUCGCCUGGCGCUGCGGGGCGGUGCCGGAGCCGGCGGCCGUCGGCGUCAGCCGGGUCUGGGUGCUGGGGACGCGCCGGCGCCGCCGCAUCGCCAGCAGGAUGCUGGACACCCUCAGGCACACAUUCCUGUUCGGAGCGGUGCUGAGCCCGCAGGACGUGGCGUUCUCGGGCCCCACGGCGGACGGGCGCGCUCUGGCCGCGCGGUUCUGCGGCCGCAGCGACUUCCUGGUCUACAGCGGCCUGCCCGAGCCCGCCGGAGCACCGGGAACACCGCCGGGAACACCGGGAACACCGGGAACACCGGGAACACCGGGAUCGGGGUCAUUGUGAUCAUCGGGAGCGGCACCGGGAUCACCGGGAUCAGCGGGAUCAGGGUCAUUGGGAUCAUCGGGAUCACCGGGAUCAGGGUCAUUGGGAUCAUCAGGAUCAACACCGGGAGCACCGGGAUUGUCAUUGUGAUCAUCAGGAUCACCGGGAUCACCGGGAUCAGGGUCAUUGGGAUCAUCGGGAUCACCGGGAUCGGGAUUGGAACCGUCAGGACUGGGAUUGGGAUUGGAAUCGUCGGGAUGAUCAAGAUUUGAUCAUCGGGAUCAGGAUUGGGAUCAGGGGGUCGGGAUCAUUGGGAUCAGCAAGAUCAAGAUUGGAACCGUCAGGACUGGGAU